UUCCAUUGCAUCUCCGAUUCGCGGCUCCUCGGAAUAGCUUGGGAGCUCCUAGAACUUCUUUUUCUGCCGCUUCGUCAUCGACAUCGCCUCUCUCAGUCACGGCGUCACUACCCCCCGUUCGCCCAUUGCCCCAGCAAACAUUCUCCACCGUGGACCAUGCGCACGCCUUCCUUCUCUCGAUUUUGGGAUUUUGAAUACACGCCUCGCGCUGAUUCGAGGUAGCUGGAUUCAUUGCCAGACAGGUCCACUGGGGACAAAAGAGCCGCGAACAGGAAACUCCAAAGUCGAAGCACAGCAGUCAUGUCCAAGAACUCUGCCCCCGAUGUUGAGAGCAGUGUGUCUCUGGCACAAAAGAUGAUGUCUGCCACCACGGGCAGCAUCAUCACCUCUCUUCUCAUCACACCCUUGGAUGUUGUACGAGUGCGUCUCCAAUCGCAAUCGCAUGCCUCGAGCCCUUCGCCAUCCUCAUUCACAAACCCGCGCGCCUACACUGUGGGAUCUCUAGCACAGUUCCGUGACCUGCCUCCGAAUCUCGGCAUCACCACUUGCUGCAGAGAGGUCUUCUGGAUCAAUAACCAUGCCCCUUUCUGCGUUGCUGGACCCACCCUGGCCCCACUCAACCCUAUCGACACAUCAUGUGCUGUGCAUGAGGUAGAGCGGAGGACAAUCAAUGGUACUUGGGACGGAUUGCGCAAGAUCGCUCAAAACGAAGGCCUCCGGACGCUAUGGAGAGGACUGUCACCAACCCUGGUUAUGGCCGUCCCUGCCAAUGUCAUAUACUUUGCUGGGUAUGAUUGGUUACGUACAGCACAACAGUCGCCUUUCCGCACAACAGUUUCCGAUGCAUACAUACCAUUGGUAGCGGGUGCCACUGCACGGGUCAUGGCCGCCAUCGCCGUCAGCCCUAUUGAGAUGUUCCGGACCCGAAUGCAGGCAGCGAGUCACACGGCCACAGCAGCGGGUCACUUUCGCGAGACAAUGGACGGUUUACGGGAAAUGGUGGCUUCCCAAGGCAUUCCAAGUCUAUGGAGAGGCCUCACAUUGACUUUGUGGCGAGAUGUACCUUUUUCUGCACUGUAUUGGUGGGGUUACGAGUACGGACGUGACGCCAUAACUGAUAUGCGGGGACGAAUGGAAGCAAGGAACUAUGGAGACGAAUUCCGUGUUGGUCGCGGAGAAGAGAGAAGACACAGGCGAAGUCGCUCGCGCAGUCGAGAGAACCACACCGCAACAUUGGUCGACAGCUUUGUCGCUGGUGCCGGCUCAGGCGCAGUCGCUGCUUUUGUUACUACACCGUUUGACGUCGGGAAGACAAGGCAACAAGUGACCCAGCACACUGGUGACUCGGCGCGAGGCCUUCAUGGAACUGCUGUACGACCAGAGGACCGUUCUAUGCCUCGCUUUCUUUGGUAUAUUUUCAAAGAGCAGGGCACAUCUGGACUCUUCAGAGGGUGGGCAGCUCGUUGCCUCAAAGUUGCUCCCGCCUGUGCCAUCAUGAUCAGCAGUUAUGAAGUCGGAAAAAAGAUGGCCACUAACAUCAACGAGCGUCGGCAAGAAGACAUCUGA